UAAGUGAGUAAAGCUGCUGAGUGGAACAGCCAGGCUCCCGAGCUUAAUACAAGAGGAGAUCCACACUUUUACAGGUGUGCCUGACUGGCAACUUGGGGUGCAAGACAAUCCACAAGGCACAUGCCUGGGUCCAAUGCUGACUUUCUUAUUGGCUGCAGCUUCUGUUGCUGGAAAGAGCAUGUGGAUGGCUGUCGUCAGAGUUGUACCAAAGGAAAGCUCAAAGGGACGAUGCCAGCUUGGCUUUCUUUUUUUUUUUUUUUAUUUUUUUCUAUCACUCAGCUGCAUUGAAGCCCGACACCUCUGGUAGCCAGUGGUGAAGCAGUGAGAAGCUGGUUUUGUUGCUGUGCCUUUACAGGAGAAGCCUGGCUGUGUUAACUCUUACAAAAACAAGCACCUAGACAACUCGAACAAAAUCCAGUGAUGGCAGUGGGCUCCACAGAAGCCAGCAGCAGCUCCCAGGGCGGCACCGACUGGCUGGAUCUUACCUUUGUCACCUGCACUGAAACGGUGACUUUCACUGAAGUGGUGCCAGAAGAGGAAUGGGGAUCCUUUUACUAUUCUUUUAAGACAGAGCAGCUGGUGACUCUUUGGAUUCUCUUUAUUGUCACAAUUGCUGGAAAUGCCAUUGUGCUCUUCUCUACCUGGAGGAGGAAGCGGAAAUCCCGAAUGACCUUCUUCGUUACACAGUUGGCGAUCACAGAUUCAUUCACGGGACUCAUAAACAUAAUGACGGAUAUAAUUUGGCGCUACACUGGAGAUUUCAUGGCUCCUGAUAUCGUUUGCAGAGUCGUUCGCUAUUUCCAGGUGGUCCUUCUGUAUGCCUCAACUUAUGUCCUUGUGUCACUAAGUAUAGACCGGUAUCAUGCCAUAGUUUACCCAAUGAAGUUCUUGCAAGGAGAAAGACAGGCAAAAGUUCUUAUUGGAGUGGCCUGGAGCCUCUCUUUCCUGUUUUCCAUACCGACUCUGAUUAUUUUUGGGAAACGGCAGCUCUCCAACGGGGAAGUGCAGUGCUGGGCUCUAUGGCCUGAUGACUCCUACUGGAUACCCUACAUGACAGUGGUGGCUUUCCUGGUGUACUUCAUUCCUCUGAUCAUUAUCAGCGUCAUAUACUCAAUCGUGAUUCGAACCAUCUGGAUGAAGAGCAAAGCUCAGGCUGUCAUCAUAUCCAGCUGCCCUGGUGGCAAAACCUCUGCUGGCUACACCAGUCGUGGGUUCAUAUCCAGGGCAAAAGUGAAAGCAAUCAAGUACAGCAUUGUAAUUGUCCUUGCAUUUGUUCUCUGUUGGAGCCCUUACUUUCUUUUUGAUAUCCUGGACAACUUCAACAUACUCCCUGAGACCAAAGAGCGUUUCUAUGCAUCUGUGAUCAUUCAGAACCUGCCAGCCUUGAACAGUGCCAUCAACCCCCUCAUCUACUGCCUCUUCAGCAACCGCCUCUGCCCCCCUUUCGAGGAAAGAAGAACACGAAGGCUGGUGGGAACGUUCCGGGAGAGGAGUGAUGGAGGUCUGGAGAUGCAGGUCCUGUCCAAACCAGAGUACAUCUAGCAUGUGCAAUGUCCUCCAAAGCCGUGCUGGGACAUGUGACGAGGAAAUCAGAGGUUCCCCACAAGCCCCAAACACCAUGAGCAGAUGGACACCGACUGGAAAGAGCCUGCACCUCUCUGCUGUUGAGCAGCACACAUAUUUUGGAUUGGCACUGAAGCUUCAGCAAUCGCACACUGAUGGGGCCAAACUCAGUCCAAGGGGUUUGCAUUCCACUGUUGUGAGGGCUCCUCUUGGCCCUCUGUUUUCAAGCAAGCUGUAACAUAAAUGUAUUCCAAAUGGAAAAAAAAAAAACAAAAAACAUGCAAGUGGAAUGUGGUCAGAGUCUUCUCUCUAUUUUUCAGGAGUCACUAAAAGCCAUCUACUCUACUGUAUGGUUCACAUAACUCAUGAAGAGUAUUUAAAAGUAAUUACAGAGCAGGGACCCUACUUAAAAUUAAAACACUGGCACGCUAUGUAAUUAUAUCUGAUUUUUGUACACAGCCACCCAUGAAGUGAUACCCAGAAAAGAGGGGGCUGAAGGGCUGGGUUACUGCCUCCCACCUCUCCUGGCCCAUCUCCUCAGCUCACACAAGUCCUCCCAGCUGCACCUUCCCUGCAGUUCACCAUCCCUUCCCAUGCAUUCUUUCCCUGCUGUCCUACCUUGAUAUGUUGGUGGCACCCAAGGUUCCCUGCAGGUCUGCCGUGUGACAGGUCCGGAGAGUCAUUUAUCUCUGGGGUACUGUAUUAACAAAGCAUCUGCCAAGCCCUUUCCAGCCCCCACAGCGCAUCAGGUGUGCUGAUCCUCACGUGCUUCUGUGGCAAAGGCCCUGAGCAGCCUUUUGGGAACUCUGCACUAGUUCCACCUAUGAGGAUCUGCCAUCCAGGGCACUUCGUCAGCACAGUUCAAUCUCACCACCAUGCAGGAGCAUUUCCCUGGUUCAUGCACUACAUAAAUCAUCCAUGUUGCUUAAAUCAUGCAGAGAACUGUACACAUCUUUAGAUAACCUCAGAGCUGGCAAAAGACCCAGGCGAAACCACAAAACACAAAUUGCAUUUAGAAAAAACAGAAUCACAGAAUCAUAGAAUGAUUAGGGUUGGAAGGGACCUUCCAAUGUCAUCUAGUCCAAUCCCCUGCAAUGGGCAGGGACAUUUUCAACUAGAUCAGGCUGCUCAGAGCCCUACCCAGUCUAGUCUUGAAUAUCUCCAGGGAUGGGCCAUCUACCACCUCCUUGGGCAACCUGUUCCAGUGUUUUACCACCCUCACUGUAAAAAUUUUCUUCCUCAUGUGUAACCUGAAUCUCCCCUCCCUUAGUUUAAAACCAUUAUCAUAUGUCCUAUUGCAACAGCCUCUGCUAAGAAGUCUGUCCCCAUCUUUCGUAUAGGUCCUGUCUGUUGAUGGUCCAGUCUUGUAAACUCAUUGUAGGGUCCACAGAACAUUGGCUGUCAGGCAGAGCUGCACAGUGCCCCAAGCAGCUGGGCAUCCCCUUCCCCAUCCCCCUUUCAACACAUUGUUCUCAAGUUUAAGAAGAAACCUUCUCAUGCAACUUUAGCAGGUGGGUGGAUGAUAUUGACUUAAAUGUUCAAUUUACUGCAAGGUAGCUUAAAGUGUUUGCGUGAUAAUAUCCUGUAAUCAGCUGUAUGCCAAGUGUGUUUGUUUUCUCUGGGUAAAAAAAAAUGCAUUCUUUAAGUGGAGUCAGUUUAAACAGGGGUUUUUUAUUAUUAUGAUCCUUUGCAAUGAGUUUGUUCCCUGCAAAACAAGAACUGAAUAGAAUUUAUAUAAUUACCUAUAUUACAAAAAAAAAAAAUUUCCUAAGUAGGAGAUACAUAAAAUCUUGGGGCUUUAUGUUCUCAGGAAAAUAAAUAAGGUUUCUCUUUUUAUUACGAUGAAGUUCUGUUAUGGCUAAAUUUUGCUAACAGCUUAAUUAAAACCAUGAAUCUACACCAGCCUAUACAGCAGCUACCAUGGAUAGAUUGUAUAUAACUAGACAACAUUUUUUCUUGGGGACAUGUUAUAAAAUUCCCAAAAGUGGACUGCUCAGUUUAACCCUCAUGGUGACAUAGAUUUGAUUUUUUUGACUUUUUAAUUUGGUAUAUAUACACUGGCUACCUACUUUUGAACAAUUAAUGGAGUUCGUAAACUUAAUACCUGGAAAUCAGAUAACAUUUCUGAGCAGUACUUUGAUUUGCAAAUUUAUCAUGCCUCGAUCCCUCCAUAAUUUACAUAUCAUUCACAGAGGUCACCACAUGAAUUAUACCAUCUAAAUUAAACACAUGCAUGAGUAAAUGUAAGACUUUGGCCCUAAAUGAAGUCAUUACCCAUUUAUUUUCAAAGAAACAGCCUUUUUGUUUCAUUCUUUAUUGUAUAAUGUUACGUAUCAUUUACAUGUUGUUCCUAUCCAUUUUCCUCUGGACACAACUGUAAUGCCCUUACGUAUAUGAGGAUCUUUCAGUUUAAAUGGCACCACACCACUUUUGUCUGCAUAGCUUCUAAGCAUUUAAUACAGAAAUAAUUUAUCUCAUUUUAUAUCCUGCUUUCUUACUGUGCAAGAGAUGGCAUUUCAUUACCUUUUUAUAUUCCCCAAUACUUUUUUGGUUAAGAAACUGAGAAAAAGCUGGGUUUUUUCAUUAGUCUGGAAAACACUUGCACGGCUUUCCUUAGUCUCUUGGGAAGGUGAUCUAGGGAACUUCAUCUGACUCCAGUAGGUUUCAGACUCUUAUUCCAUGUCUGCAAUUUGCUCUACAUGUGUUGACUCUUUAGUUGCUUAACUGCGAGAGUUGUUAUGAAAGACCCCAGGCCUAUGAGGAGAGGCAGCAAAAGCCAAUGCCAAGGUCUAAAUGAUCAGAGAGAGUCUGAAGACAAGAAGAAGAGAGCACCCAGCUGUUUUUUUCCAUGACAGCCCUCAAGGAUCUGUGGUUUUCAUUAGCUUUAAUGCUUCAAGAUACAUCUCCAAGAUCUUUCUGACAUUCCCACAGCAACAAGAAAUACUUGUGUGCGUGACUGUUAGGACAUAAAAUCCUGUAUGAUGAUAAAGUCCUGUAUGAUUAUAGAUUCCCAGGAAGAAUGAAAAAUCAGAUACUCAUCCCUCAGAGA